AUGAAGUCUCCUCUGUACGUUUUGGCCGUGCUGCUUCCUCUUGCCACCCAGCUAGUCGCCGCUUCCCCGACCGCAGAAUUUGAUGAGUUCGAGUCUCUUGAGGAUAGACAAGGUGGGUCUAAUUCCUGCAAGAUCCGAACGGGCUUCUCGUAUAGGAAGUACCCUUGCGACUCGAGCGAUAUUAUUGGCCGUGAGAACCCAGGGGGCCAGUGGCAGGCAACUUGCCGCUAUAAGAACUUUUAUAAGACAAAGAAGGGAUGGGUGCGCAGCUCUGAUAAGCCUAAAGCUUGCCGGGGGAGUUUCGAAACUACUCAGUGCCCGAACCCUUCGUUCACCUAA